AUGAAAAUAAAGAACGAUGUUAAAAAAAAAUCGUCAAAAAAAGAGUUCACGAUAAGAGAUGCACUUUUGACCACUAGGUUUGAAAAUAGCGACGAUGGAAGAACAAUUUAUAAUAUAUUUGUCGUAAUAUUUGUCCUGUUGUUAACGUACACAGGUUUGGACGAGUAUACGAAAACAGGAGAAGUAUGGUUGUCUUUACAUCUACUAUGGUUCGCUUUCAAAAAACUCUACUUGGCCAUUUUAGUCUGGUGUGCGUCGAACAUUGUGGCUUGUUUUAGUUACGCAUUUUUUAAGUUUUGGGCCAAAGUCCGACUAAUCCUGAAACCUAAAGGGCAAAACGUUUGGGACAAAAUAUGGAUCACGAUUUUGGUUUUUUAUUAUUUUUGGUUUCUGUAUGGUCUUCAAAACAUAGGAAACGUUGCAAAGUUUGGAAAAGCUUCUACCACUUUUGUCUUUAUGGAACAAGUACGACUGUUGAUGAAACAACACGCUUUCAUUCGCACGAACGUACCUCGGGUACUACGUACCAAAAUGCACACUGACACUAAUUUAGAGUUACCAAAUUUUGGCAAAUUUCUUUAUUUCAUGUUUGCUCCAACCAUGAUUUACAGAGACGAAUAUCCUCGAACUCGACAUAUUCGUUGGAAGUUUGUGUUUUACAACAUCUGGGAAUUGUUUGCAGUAACAUGGUUCUACGCCAUCAUCGUGGAAAGGUUCUUGAUUAGUACAUUCGACGACAUGUGCCUAAGAAAAUUCACUUGGGGCGAAAUUAUUUCCCCAAUUUUUGGUAAUGUUUUACCAGGGAUUCUCUUUCUGUUACUCUCAUUCUACGGAGUUUUGCACUCGUGUCAGAACGCGUUUGCCGAAAUUCUUCGAUUUGGAGACAGAAUGUAUUACAAGGAGUGGUGGAAUUCAAAAUCGCUUGGAGAAUUUCAUCGAACGUGGAAUAUGUUAGUACAAGACUGGUUGUACACAUACGUAUACAAAGACGUCUACGAAGUGAUCGUUCCAAAAAAUAAAAAAGUUGCUAAUUUUGUAGUUCUGUUCCUGUCGGCGGUGGUGCACGAAUGGUUGGUGAUUAACGUGUUUAGAUUUUUUCUGCCUGUUAAUUUAAUUAUUUUUCUAAUAACUGGAGCUGUGUUUGCCGCAAUGGGUAUUAUGGGUGCCCAAUGGGGAAAUUUGUUGUUUUUGUAUGGUAUGGCCAUAGGUUUAAGCAUAGAAGCUAACUUAUUUGCGCUUGAAAGCUAUGCACAUGAUAAUUGUCCCUUGAACGAAAAUGUUACUGCAAUGAAGUUUUAUAUUCCGAGAUUUAUUGCGUGCCGCUGUAUUAAAUGA